GGUUUGUUUGACCAAAGCUCCAAUCCUCCAAAGCUCAUCUCUGUAACCGAGGAAGAGUGAAAGACCAACACAACUCACUCCCUCUCUCUCUCUCUCUCUCUCUCUCUCUCUCUCUCUCUCUCUCUCUAGAUUGUUGAGUUUCUCUCAAAAUCACAACCCAACUACAGCUUAUCCAAAUUCAAGCAGAACCCACAAUCUUCUUCCCUAGAUAGAGAGUGUGAGAGAAAUAGUUAGAAAUUAGAAUAGAAGAGAAGAGAUGAAACUAAUUGGGUUUUGGGUGCUUCUCUCUCUACUUUCUCUCUCUACCCUGUCUCCAAGAACAACAGCAGCAUCAGCCCCCACAACCAACACCACAACAACAUGCCCCAUGGAUCUCAGCUAUGUCCUACGAAUCCCCUUCAACUCCUCGUCAUGCAAAAACUUCCAGCCCCCUCCCAAAACCCCCCAAAUGGACCUCACCAAGAUCCCAUGUUGCCAAACCCUCUUGUCCCUCCUUGGAGUUGGCCUUGCCCAACACCUCAAAGAGACAUCCCUCUUUCAGCUUCCCAACUUGCCCGCCUCCAAUUCUUGCCUCCAAAACUACCAAUCCAAGCUCACCUCCCUCUCCCUCCCUCCCAAUCUUGUCUCGUAUUGCUUUGACCCUAUGCAGUUUGUCAUCUCUCCCAAUAUCUGUGCCAAAAUUGAGUCUUCCCAAGAUUGGGUCGCCAAGCUUGGCCAGAGUACUUCUCUUGACUCUGCUUGCAGGCCAGACCUCACUGAUCUAUCCUCCUGCGGCGCUUGCGUGGACGCCGGCUUUGACAUUCAGAAGAAGCUGAUUUCUGUUGAUGGUAACACUUCUCACAGUAGAGAUUGUUGGUAUUUUGCAAUUCUUUAUGCUGCUGGUAUUGUCAAUGAGUUUGGGCCUGAAAGUAAUGGUGUUGUGUCCUGUAUAUUCGGGUUGUCACCGGAUUCUCAUGCGGGUUCAUCGAAAAAGAGCAGUACCGCUCUUGUUUUCGGCCUAACUGGUGCCGGGGUUGCAGUGUUUGUCAUGUCUAGUUUGUUGGGGUUGUAUUUUUGGUAUGAUAGAAGUUGGAGGAACAAAAGGGUUGAAAGGUCCCGUAUGGAUUCUGGUUUUGAUUUAGAUGAACGAGAGUCUAGGAUUAGAGUGAGACCCAACACCGGUUCGAUUUGGUUUAAAAUUCAGGACCUUGAGAAGGCAACUAAUAACUUUUCACAGAAGAAUUUUAUCGGUCGAGGUGGAUUUGGUCUUGUUUACAAGGGUGUUUUACUGGAUGGGACUACUGUAGCUGUCAAGAAAGUCAUAGAAUCUGAUUUUCAAGGAGAUGCUGAAUUUUGCAAUGAGGUUGAGAUUAUUAGCAAUUUGAAGCACCGAAAUCUUGUGCCACUCAGAGGGUGUUGCGUGGUUGAGGGUGAAGACAGUUAUGAGGAGAGAGGAAGUCAUAGGUACCUUGUCUAUGAUUACAUGCCGAAUGGGAAUCUAGAUGACCAUCUAUUUAUUUCUCUGUCUAGUAAUCAGAGUGAAAUUGAAAGGAGACCCUUGACUUGGCCUCAAAGAAAGAGCAUUAUAUUGGAUGUUGCCAAGGGGUUAGCUUAUUUGCAUUAUGGAGUGAAGCCUGCAAUAUAUCACAGAGAUAUUAAGGCAACAAACAUACUACUAGAUGCGGAUAUGAAAGCAAGAGUGGCAGAUUUUGGGCUUGCAAAACAAAGCAUGGAAGGCCAGUCUCAUCUCACUACUAGAGUGGCAGGAACUCAUGGAUACCUAGCCCCGGAAUAUGCUCUUUAUGGACAGCUGACUGAGAAGAGCGAUGUUUAUAGCUUUGGUGUGGUUGUUUUGGAGAUUAUGUGUGGUAGAAAAGCACUUGAUUUGUCUUCCUUGGGAUCACCACGCGCAUUUUUGAUAACAGAUUGGGCUUGGUCAUUAGUGAAAUCUGGAAAAGUUGAACAGGCUUUAGACUUUUCAUUGCUGAAAGAUGGUGAUAAUGUGAAUUCAAAUCCAAAGAGCAUAAUGGAGAGAUUUUUGCUGGUUGGCAUUUUGUGUGCUCAUGUAAUGGUGGCUUUGCGGCCUACCAUUUUGGAUGCACUGAAAAUGUUGGAAGGAGAUAUUGAAGUGCCACCAAUUCCAGAUAGGCCAAUGCCUCUUGGUCACCCUUCAGGUUAUGGCAAUGGCAAUGGUAAUACUUUCAGCAUAUCACCAGCUUUGAGCGGGCCAAAAUUGCAUAGUGGAGACAUGCUCAGGUUCAUCAAAGACGAAGAGUGAAGCACUUCAUGGGGUUUGAGUACUUGGAAGAGUCCAACAUUUCUAACCCUUUUAGUUCAACAACAUAGGUUUAGUUGGAAUUCUGAUUGAUAUUGUAUAGUAAUGUAAAUACCUAUAAGCUUUAUAGUUGGAAAUAGCAAACCGAAAAAAGGGUUUGCC